AUGUAUGCACUCUGGAACAACAAUAGAAUCGUACUCGGGGCCAUGCUGUUCGCCCUUUUUGCAAUCUUCGUAUCAUCCAUCAGCAUUUUGCUUGUUGCUGGUGUUACCUCUGAUGUCACGACUGACGCGAUCCCAGGUAUCCAAGGCUGCUCCCGGGGCCCACACGACAUCCGAUUAUUCUUGCUUUUUAUUCUCAUGUUUGUGUUUCAACUGGGAUUGGUCUGUCUCACAAUCACGCGCGCUAUACAGAGCUGGCGGUCGGCUAAUGGCCCUCUGUACGCCAUGCUGGUGAAGCAUAACAUAUUCUACUAUGCAUGCGGUCUACUUUUCUCCGCCGUGAACGUUCUUCUCCCAAUACUGCUUUUAGAUAUGUAUUCCGUAUACUCCUCCUUUCAAGUUUUGCAGAUCUUUAUUCUUGCAAUCCUCGCCACGCGCAUGCACCUCCACCUCUGGCAUGCUGAGCGGCACGUGGACGGUUCUAAGGCCAUCGUGUGGAUUUCUAUGUCCAACAUGCCACUGUAG